UUUGUUUUGCGAGUUUUCCGUCCGCUUUGGCUGACUUUGACCAUUCAGUGUGCUUACAAGAACACGAAAUAAUGAUUUGGUAAAUUGCAUAAUCGGCAGCUGCAUUUAUUUAAUCGAGUGAUUAACGUCGGCAGCUGUUCGAAGCGGUGGAAUUCAGCCUUUGAGAGUACCCGGAGCACCUUGCUGCUAAGCUAACGUUACCUAGCUAGCGUGAGCCAGCCUCCGGUCUGUGUUGAGGGGCUGAUCCAACGCAGCCAUGGGGAACCGGGGGAUGGAGGACCUGAUCCCCCUGAUCAACAAACUUCAAGACGCCUUCAGCACCAUUGGCCAAAGCUGCAAUUUGGACCUCCCUCAGAUUGCUGUGGUCGGUGGACAGAGCGCUGGGAAAAGCUCGGUUUUGGAAAAUUUCGUUGGCAGGGACUUUCUCCCACGUGGAUCAGGCAUUGUUACCCGCAGGCCUCUCAUUCUGCAGCUGGUCAACAACAAAGCAGAAUAUGCUGAGUUCCUGCACUGCAAAGGGCGGAAGUUUGUGGAUUUUGAUGAAGUGCGGGCAGAGAUCGAGGCGGAGACCGACAGGAUAACAGGCUCCAACAAGGGCAUCUCUUCCAUCCCCAUUAACCUCAGGGUCUAUUCCCCACAUGUGCUGAACCUGACCCUGAUUGACCUGCCAGGGAUGACCAAGGUCGCUGUAGGGGACCAGCCAGUGGACAUUGAGCACCAAAUCCGAGACAUGUUGCUCCAGUUCAUCACCAAGGAGAGCUGUCUAAUCCUGGCUGUCACCCCAGCCAAUACAGAUCUGGCCAACUCAGAUGCCCUCAAGAUUGCCAAAGAGGUGGACCCGCAGGGUGUACGCACCAUUGGUGUUAUCACAAAACUGGACCUGAUGGACGAAGGAACAGAUGCAAAAGACAUUCUUGAAAAUAAGCUUCUGCCACUGCGUAGAGGCUACAUUGGCGUUGUGAACCGCAGUCAGAAGGACAUAGAUGGUAAGAAGGACAUUCGUGCUGCUCUGGCCGCAGAGAGAAAGUUCUUUCUGUCCCACCCUGGCUACAGGCACAUGGCAGAGCGCAUGGGCACGCCGCACCUGCAAAAGACCCUCAAUCAGCAACUGACCAACCACAUCCGAGACACUCUGCCAGGUCUUCGCAGUAAGCUUCAGAGCCAGCUCCUCUCACUAGAAAAGGAGGUUGAGGAAUAUAAGAACUUCCGUCCGGACGACCCCACACGCAAGACCAAAGCCCUAUUGCAGAUGGUGCAGCAGUUCGGAGUGGACUUUGAGAAGUGCAUCGAGGGCUCUGGGGACCAGGUAGACACAAAUGAGCUGUCAGGCGGUGCUAAGAUCAACCGCAUCUUCCAUGAACGCUUCCCCUUUGAACUUGUCAAGAUUGUGUUUGAUGAGAAGGAGCUGAGGAGGGAGAUCAGCCAUGCCAUCAAGAAUGUCCACGGUGUCAGAACGGGCCUGUUCACUCCAGACCUGGCGUUUGAGGCCAUCGUGAAAAAGCAGAUCGUUAAGCUGAAAACGCCCUGUCUCAAAUGUAUCGAUCUGGUCAUUCAGGAGCUCAUCAACACAGUCAGGCAGUGCACCAACAAGCUCGGUUCUUACCCCAGACUGAGAGAGGAAACGGAGAGGAUUGUCACCACCUAUGUCAGAGAGAGAGAAGGCAAAACCAAGGACCAGGUUCUGCUACUGAUUGACAUUGAGCUGUCCUACAUCAACACCAACCACGAGGACUUCAUAGGCUUCGCUAAUGCUCAACAGAGGAACACUGCAGCAAACAAGAAGAGGGCCAUUCCCAACCAGGUUAUCCGUAAGGGCUGGCUCACCAUCAACAUAAGCAUCAUGAAGGGGGGCUCCAAGGAGUACUGGUUUGUCCUGACUGCUGAGUCCCUCUCCUGGUACAAAGACGAGGAGGAAAAAGAGAAGAAGUACAUGCUGCCCCUGGAUAACCUGAGGCUGAGAGAUGUGGAGAAAGGCUUUAUGUCCACAAAGCACAUCUUUGCCAUCUUCAACACCGAACAGAGGAAUGUGUACAAGGACCUACGUCAGAUCGAACUGGCCUGUGAUUCUGUGGAGGACGUGGACAGCUGGAAGGCCUCCUUUCUCAGGGCAGGGGUUUAUCCUGAGAAAGACCAGGCGGAGAAUGAGGAGCCCACCCCUACGGAUACAUUCUCCAUGGACCCUCAACUGGAACGGCAGGUGGAGACCAUCCGCAACCUAGUGGACUCAUACAUUGGCAUCAUCAACAAGUCAAUCAGAGACCUCAUGCCCAAGACCAUCAUGCACCUCAUGAUCAAUAGUGCAAAGGACUUCAUCCACUCAGAGUUGCUGGCCUACCUCUACUCUUCUGGGGACCAGAACAGCCUGAUGGAGGAGUCUGCUGACCAGGCCCAGCGCAGAGACGAGAUGCUGCGCAUGUACCAUGCCCUCAAGGAGGCCCUGCACAUCAUUGGUGACAUCAGCACCACCACCAUCUCCACCCCUGUGCCCCCGCCUGUCAACGACACCUGGAUCCAGGAGGCCAGCCCAACUCCUCAGCGCAGGCCAGCCACAGCAGCCCCUCCCCCCAGCCGUCCGCCUGCAGUUCGAGGCCCAACGCCGGGACCUCCCCUCAACCCCUCCCCAGCCUUUGGGGCUCCCCUCAACCCCUCUCCUGCUUUUGGUGCGCCCCCUAUUCCCUCUCGCCCAGGCCUGCCUGUCAACGCCUUUAACAACAGCCUGGACCCCUUCAGUGCCCCCCCACAGAUCCCUUCCCGGCCAGCACGCGUCCCCCCUGGUGUGCCCAGGCGGCCCGCUCCACGUCGAAACCAGUGGUGACCUCGAGGUGUACGGCACCGAUGUGACCCGACCUCAAAACGAGAAGCGGACCACAGGAGAACCACCGGUACCUUAUUGUUUUCCCACACCACCGCAGCGGCAUGUGUCAAGCCCAGAAUGGAGGCCGUUGCAGCCAUUUUAUUUUUUAUUUUUUUCUUCUUUUUUUGUAAAUCAGAAAAUCGCCAUGCAUUUUGUUUUUCUUUUUUCUGAGGCCACUUAAAUUUGGAUUCUACAGAAACUAGACUGGUGUUAGGCUGAAAUCAAUUUCAAAUUAUAUUAUUCUCUGAAAAAUGGUCAGGGUUGGUAGAUAUUGAUUCAAACAAUAGGAGUGGAAAAGUUACCCACACUUUUUAACAGAGUGUGGGAUUUGAUAAGCCGUGUCAAUUCCCACAGCCAUCAUGCCAUAUACUACCCAAGCUCAGAUGCUUCUCAGUCAUUUGUGAUGUCACAUUGCAUAUUUUUCUAUGGGCAGAUUCCCUAAAUUGUGCCAACAGUUGCAGCAGUUUGAUGUGGCAGAUAUGAAAUGAGUGUUUUCGGCCCACUACAAGACUGUGUGUGUGUGUGUGUGUGUGUGUGUGUGUGUGUGUGUGUGUGUGUGUGUGUGUGUGUGUGUGUGUGUGUGUGUGUGUGUUUGAGAAGAGUUCACAGGCAGCAGUAGCUACAAAGUAGGCCGCGGGGUUUUUGGUGGGUCUCGUUUGUCACCUGAAUGGUGACGCAGUGGGUUAAAUCUUGUGGUUCAGGAAGUAAAGGGUCGGCGUUGCACUUGUAAUAAGCACAGCGUUGUUUUGUGCAGCGAGUUUUGUAGUGACCUAUAUGGUUGUCAUGUCAUGCCUUGGGUACUGUCUGCUGUCCUUUAUAUAUUUAUACCGUUAGAAGUGCAAUUGUAUAAAGAAAACAUGGAUGACGGAACCAGGCUAAAGCUAAGACGCAGAUGUUUUAGCCUUCUCUAAUUUGCUGUCUAUGUCACUCCAUGCUGCUCUCUGACAAUGUUUAACUCCCAGCUAGAGAAAUCCAUCAGAGAAGUUGGUUUUAUAAUUGUACAGAUUACAAUCUCUCUGGCACAAGCAGCUGUCGUACUUUAAAUCUCAUCUGAUGUGUGUUAAACGCUAUGUGAUUCCGUUAGAAAAAGAAAAAAAAAGCAUGAAAAUAUGUCUCGUAUAAAUAGGAAUAAGGGUUUCUGAUCUUCUGGGUUCGUUUUUAUUUAUCUUUGUCCAAAACAAUACAAUGAAAUGACAAUAAAAUGUAAUUUAAGAAUAAAGAAGU